AUGCCUCUGGCUGGGAGGCCCUCACCAAGGAGUAUCACGGAGAUUCUGUGGCCUGCGUCUUCCUUUGCAGCAAAGAUGAUGGCCUGGGCCAACAUGCACCGGACCCGCGCAACCCGGGCUGCUGCUACUGCCCGCGAAUUUAUGGCAAGCGGGGAUGGAAGGAGUUUGGCUACCUCAAGGUGCUGA